GAGACAGCCUCAUUAAUUAUUUAUAGUAACCAACAUAGUGGUUAUGAAAAGCAGCCUGUGCCAGGAUCUUAUUAGCUCUCAAGUAAGCGCUAGUGCCUUUGACAUCUGGCAACAAUCCCUGAGGACGAGGAUAUUUAUUUUAAAAAUGACCUUACCCCUAAAUAAAGAAUAUAAGUUUUAUGUUUACGAAAAAGUACCAAAAACUUAACCUGUUUCUUAAAAUAUGUUUAAUGUUUUCAUCCUUUGAUUCAUCUAACUAUAGUAAAUAUUCUUUUAUAGAAUAGAUAAUUGAAUAAUAAACAGGAGUGUUAGAUUCAUUUAAUGCAUCCUAACAAAAAUGGCAAACAUUAAAGAUCAAUCCUUAUCAGAGUCCAUCUUGGAUUGCGUCUCUUAUUCUCUUGCCAGUGAUUGGAAACGAUUCGGUAGAUUGAUGCAACUGGAAGAAUCACAAAUAGAUUGCAUUGACUUAGAGAAUAACUUGGUGUAUGAAAAAUGUCGAAAGUGUCUCGCAAAGUGUAUUCAGAUGCAACCUAAUCUAAGGUGGUUGGAUGUACAAAAAGUCUUGAAAGACAUUGGGCGUAAUGAUGUCAUAAAGAAAUGUGAAACUCAAGCUACACAGAUACCCUUUAAAGUUGGUAACCCCAAAUUUGACGAGGCCCGCAAAAAACUUCAAAAACAGUAUCUCCGACAGUAUGCAGAGCUCUUUGACACAUCACAUAACAAUGUAUCUCCACGUGGUAUUGAUCGGAUAUCCGCCUUUGUUGAGCUAGCUAUUUCCCCUUCAAGAGAUGUACGUGAAUACUGGAAGCAUAAUAGUGAGCGAGACUAUCAUCUCAAUCAACAUUUGUUCAAAGGGAAAACAAUCACAGUGGAGAAUAUUAUGACAGAAAACUCACCCCUUGUUUGUUUAGGUGGAGUUGCAGGAAGUGGGAAGAGUACAUUGCUACUUUAUACAGUUUUAAAGUGGGCCAGAGAGGAGCUUUGGAACGUCACUGAAGGACAGCAGUAUGAUUUUGUCUUCACUAUUAUUUGUCGUGAAAUUAACUCUAUGGAAAAAUUAGAUUCCUUAGAAUCUUUGUUAAAAUUUUUAUAUCCAGAUGUUUUCCAUUGGGUUACGUUUGAGGAGCUACAGUCUAUUGCAGACAGAGUUUUGAUAAUAAUUGACGGCAUUGAUGAAUUUAUUGGUUUAACUGAUAUGAUAUCACAGCACCACGGUAAGAUGAUUGGAAUCUCGAAAUGCUUGUAUCAAGCGAUUAAUCCUGUUAAUGCAUCAUUAUUUGAUCACAAAGUUUUAAUAUCUGGUCGACCAGAAGCUAUAGGAAUGGUGCAACAGAAAUUUCGUAAACUUGUAAGUUUAAAGUCCAUUGAAGUUCUCGGAUUUGAUCAAAAGAACAUUGAGUUGUUUGUUCAUAAUAUAUUUUAUGAUAACAAAGAAAAAGAGGUACUAGUUUUGCAAAAGUUGAAAGAAUCCACUAACCUGUCACUGAUGGCAAGUUUGCCUGUGUAUUUGUCCAUCAUCUGCAGCCUUUUCUCGAGUGAAACAAGUAUGAAUGCUGAUACAUCUGUUGAACUCUAUUCCUGGGCUUUAGGAUUGUAUCUAAAAAACCACUUUCGCACUGAAGAUAUGUCAUACAUGACGCUAAGGGAUAUAUUUAAGCGAAAAGAUGUUGGAAAAGUAUUGACUGUUGUUUCUGAGAUGGCAUAUCAGAUGCUAUGUAAUGGAACAGUUGUAUUCAAUGCUGAUUCGUUACCACAAAUUUGUGAAGAAUCUCUUGAGUACUGUGGUUUAGUAACAAAAGUGUUUGUAGAUGAGUUCACAAUUAAGUAUCAAUUUCGACAUCUCAGUUUGCAAGAAUUUUGUGCAGCUAUUCACAUACUGAAAGAAGGUUUUCCUAGAAAAGAAAUCUUGGAGAAUCAUCGUUUGCGUGGCUGUAUUCCUGUGCUAUGUGGUUUGGAGUCAGCGCUGAUCCCUGGUUGUCAUACAGCAAAUAUAACCAAGGCCAUUUUGAAUGCUCUUGAUGUAAAAAACGGUUUAGCUGAAAAGCCAUGUAUACAUCUUCUGGCAGAAAAUUUAUUUGUAGAGGCUCGACAUUGUGUAUUAACAGGCUCAAAUGAGGACUGGAAUCUUUUUGCUGCUGCUUGUUUUGAAUACCACAACUUGUUAGAUAAAGAUUUAUUAUUUACUAUCGCACACAGUGAAAUUACCCUAUACAUUAAGAACUUCUCAAACAUUCAGAUAAAUUUUAUGGUUUAUUUUCUUAACCAACUGACGUCACUCUCUCCAUUUCCUGUAAAAGAGAUCUAUAUACAAAUAGGAAGAAGUGACAUCUUCGGAGAUGCAUACAAAGUUCUUGCCAAGUGUAUGUGCUUGGCUAGUCGUGUUCACAUUGAAAAGGUUGAUGUUGUAAUGGCUAAAGAUUUGUCUGUGAUCAAUUCAGAAUUUUCAAGAAGUUUUGAAAAUGGUGUAACGCCAGGAAUAAAAGAUAUGCGUUUUUAUGAUUGUAAAUUGACUUCUGAUCAUUUGUUGUCGUUAGGAGCUGUUUUGCGUAAUCUUAAUUCACUUGUUUUAAGUUACAACAAAACCAUAUCUCUAGAUGGGUGGCGAUUGAUUGCUGAGAUAAUUGAGAAUGAGCAGAGCUGUUUAAAAAAACUUCAUGUUAGAGACUGCAGCAUCAGUGAUAGUUCGUUUGAAAUUUUGGCACCAAUUGUGCCCAAAUUAAAGGAAUUUGAAGUGUGUAAUAACCCUGGAAUUUCUCUCAAAUCAUGGAGUUGCUUGGCAAAGUAUGCACUUUCUGAGAACUUGUUACAACGGUUCCGGGCACGUUGUUGCUACCUAACAGACUCCAUCAUAGAGAAACUAAUUCCAUUACUUUGGAAAGUGGAAGAGCUAGAUGUAAGCUUUAAUCAAGCUAUCACAUCAGUAGGUUGGAAGCACUUAUCAGAUUUUGUUCAGCAACGUUACGAAGAUUCCAAUCCGUUAAAACGAUUGUUUAUCAAAAAUUGCUGCAUUGAUGAUAUAUACCUGAAAAAAAUAUCGCUUUUUGUAGGGUUUCUGGAAAGUUCACCAUCCCGACCCCACAUGAUUGCAGAUCCUGAUGAGAAAGAAAAGUCAGAACUGCUAAUAAUCAAUUGUGAUUUAAAUGAUAAAAGCAUUAAGCAUCAUUGUCAGAAUAUGCUUCAAUACGAAAGAAUUGAUUUAAGCUUUAAUAGAAAUGUUGGAACUGCAGGAUGGAGGUACUUUGUUGAAUCAAUGCAAGACAAAAAAAGUAAAUUGCAACAGUUAGCGGUGUGUGACUGUGAAUUAAAUGAUAAACAAGUUUCAAUUCUGUCAACAUUGUUUCCACGAUUGAAAGAAUUGAGACUUUCGGGUAACAAUAACAUAACGGAAAUUGGUUGGAGCAUUGUGGGUAAUGUAGAUCUACACCAACUUCCUUUUCAAGAAUUAAACUUUCGAAGUUGUAAUUUAAGUGAUGCAUCUGUUAAUAUGUUAAAACAAGCAUUUUGUCACUUGAGGUACGUGAGCUUUAAGAAUAACCCGAAUAUUACAGAAGAUGGAUGGAAGGUGUUUGCAGAGAGCGUUCUCCAUACGAAUGUUGUGUCAUUAAAGUAUCUAAACAUUUCGGACUGCAAUAUCGAUGAUUCAAAGUUGAAGAUUUUGCUUCCUAUUAUACCGUGUUUACACACAUUAAAACUUGGUGGCAACAUGAAGGUGUCGACAAUUGGGUGGAAAAGUCUUGGGGAUUUUGGGAACAGUGAUAAGUGCAAGUUGACUCAGCUUUAUAUUUUUCGUUGUCUGUUGACUGAUGAAGACUUUUUUGUACUAGUUCCACUAAUAGCAACUGUUGAAAUUAUCGAUCUUAGAUAUAACAAGGGUAUUACAAACACUGGCUGGCAGGAAUUAGCGAGUUAUCUUUGCAAUCAUCCGAAACGAAACUUGCAACAAAUAGACAUGUAUGGCUGCCUGAUAGCGAAUACUAAGGUGGAAUUGCUGAAAGAUAUGGUCAAUUACGUUAUUGCAUAAAGGCUCUUAAAAAAUUCUUUAUUAUUUCAAUGUAAAAUGCUUUUAGUAUUUCGAUGUAAAAUGAAAAAAGUCUUAUAUUUUGUGGAAGUUAAGUUGCUGCUGCAUUUAUGUAAAUAAUAUUUUUUUAUUUAAUUUUUUUUUAAAUAAUUCAAUACAUAUACUUUAUAUCUUCUCAACAUUAUUUUAUUUAUGCUAAUUUUGAUGUAAUGGAGUUUUUUAAAGAAUUUUUAUAAAAAGUCUUCUAAAUAAAAAUGUUUUUGAA